GACUCUCAUUUCCAUUGGAAGUUGGAACAUUAGCAAUAGCAACACCAUUGUUAGAAUCAAAACCAGACUGUGAAACUCAAUUUUUAGGUUUGCUUAGUAUGAAAUGGUUUUCUCCACUAUCCAACCAUUCCCAUUUCCCCAGUUUUCUUUAACCAUAAAAACCAAGACCAGACCAGUAUGGGUCAGCCACCACGGUUUGAAGAUAGCAAAAACCAGCCAGUCUUGGAUGGUUUGUGCGGUGGAUAAAGAUUCUGAGCAAUUUGAGAUUGACCCAAUUAAGGCCCAAGAAGCUCUUCAGCAACUCGACCGGCAGCUUCAAGACCUCUCCAACAAAAAAAUCAGUCCUCCAAAAAUUAAAGCUUCAAAUGUGAAAUUAACAAGAGAUGAAACAACUGAACAAGCGCCAGAGGUGUCCGGGUCUGUACUCGCAAUUUUGGGGGCGGUACUCCUACUUUACACCAUUUUCUACAAUAUUCUCUAUCUUACUGUAAUUGACCCACCCGUGAGAUAAAUACACCCGGCUCCAGCUAUACCAUUUCCCUGAAAUUAGCAUUUUUGGAGCUGUUGUUUUUGCCACCUCAGCUACAUUGUGUAAUAUUAUAAAGGAAAAAGGUUUAUUUAUGCCCUUAAAGUUUGACCUGAGGAUCAAGUUAGCCCUUAAUGUCCGAAAAGGUUCAAAUAUGCUCUUAACGUCUUAAAAAGUGAACAAUAAGACCUCCAAAUUUUGACAAACAGGCCCCCAACGUCUCAUUUAUUAUGAGUCAAAAUCGGAGUCUGAUUGUUCACUUUUUAAGAUGUUAGAAGCAUAUUUAAACCAUUUCGGACUUUAGGAGCUCAUUUGAUCCUAUAGACAAAUGUUAGGAGCAUAAAUAACCAUGUUCCCUAUUAUAAAUAGGGUAGACUAGUGUGAAAGCAGGUUUACGAUUUGAUGAUUGAAUAUAUGAAUAAUUUUGUAUUUAAUUUGUUGCCUGCAAAAUAAAUACAUAUCAUGUUCAGUUUGAUAUCAAUAUGUUAUGUAAUUGUACUGCAAAUGUAAUGGACUUUUACUAUAUAGAUAUAAAGAGAGAAGAAUCUCGAAUAUUUGUCGCUUUUA